AUGGCUACAGGUGCCGGACAGGACAGGUGGAGCUCCGAGAUCCAAAGUUCCCUUGAAGACCUGACCGUCAAAUCUCUGGACGAGUUAAUGAAGCUAAUGUCGUGGCAAAAAGACGGGACAGCUAUUGAUAGCAGUUUCAGGGUUCAUUCCCCGAGACUGUGA